AUGUCCACUCUCACGCCGUCUGAGGCUGGCCGCGCGCCGACCUGGGACGCCAUCGUCCAGGAGCGAGAUGCACAGGCUCAUAAUCAGACUGCCUUCAUCCCACGCUCUGCUCUCGUCGAAGGGUCCCGUACAAGGCGAGCAAAUACUCUCAACAACGCUAGACCUGUAUUGGAUACACCAGGUUACAGCAACGUCAACAUUGAUAUUCCACUGGAUCCUCAGUCUUCAUUGCAUAUGGAAGUCACUCACGAUGGUAUGGUUACUGAGCUAGUUGCUCGAUUUGAGUCUUAUGGCGCUUACUCUGACGUCUGCGAAGUAUCCCCCGACGAGCCUACCGAUUCGCCUUCUGGUAUCGACAACGCCGGUGCAUAUCAGGAGCAGGUAGAGCACCAGUACGAUACGUAUACCAUCGGUACUUCAGGACGCAGUCCCCGCAAAUCCAUACCCACCCAAUGGCUUACGAAGAGUACUGCCCCCAACCUGGCUACAGCGCAGCGUGCAAAGGCGCGAACGUCCAAGGCGGCAUGGGACAGUGACUCUCCGGAUGAAGUCAAGACACUCCGUGGAACACGCAGUUCCGUCGAUCUUGAGAACCCUGAAGACCUUGACGUCCCCAGUGUUGACUUGUAUGCUGACAGCGAUGAUGAGCAGGUGCACGACAAGUCCGGUAGUCCACGAUCUGACACCGCGAGAACGAACGCUGAAGGAAAGCGAAAGUCAUUGACAUCGAGGCUUUCGCUUGUCAUUCCUACGCCUCGCCGUAACAAUCGUGAAGAUUCCAUGGACUCCCGCCUUGCCAACGGUCCGCUGAGUCCAGAUUCACCCACGCAGGUGUCGCGUAUUCCCCGAGCCGGCGCCGCCAGCAAGACCACACUCCCUGUGCGGACAAUCAAGCGCGUCGAAUCUGUCAGGUCUCUACAGAAGAAGAUCCAGGAGUUGCAGCUAGCUAUGCAGAUGGAUGCAGCCCAGUUAGAUGCUAUCCAGAUCCCCCUACCAGCGACGCCAGCGCCGGCCCCUCUGCGUCAUGUCCGCACCGUCGACAGCACCGGUUCAACUCCGAUCAUCUCGCGAACUUCUGGAUCACACAAACGUGAUGGAAUGGCUGAUGUUGCUUUUGAAGAUGACCGAAAACAGUCUACACGCGGCAAAAGUCCCGCAAUUCCUGCGGAUAACGCCAGCCCAGACCAGCCAGACGACGCACCGGACUGUGAUGCUAGCUACGAGCACGCUCAAACGUUCAAGGUCGAUCAAGAGGCAGCGCACAACGCCGUACAACCCAAGAACGUGCCAUGGGGUGUUCCGACAAGUCUUGCUCAUGGUACGACGCUCACACGUCCUAUCAGCGUACCCACGAUCGUCGUCAUGAUGGCUCACAAUUUGGACAUAGGGAACCUGAAUCUCAACACCCAACAACACGAGGCUGUUUCCGACUCCACAAACCGAGUCGAUGACGUUGGAAACGCGUCUUCAUUCAGAGGGCGGAGUGAACGGUAUGUACCCAGUGAUCGUAAUCAAGCAGACAGCGGGCGUUCAUCGCAAUCUAGUAUGGGCUCGGACCUUCGCGCAACUGCUACGGAAUUCGUACCUCAGCCUCCGACCACGACCAGUCCGAUCGACGCUACCACGGAGAACACACCUCUCAGUCAAUCUCUCGACAUAGCUGACCUGCCGGAUGCGACGGUGCUCGAUAGAAACGGCGUACCUUUCCUUUGGUACAUGUACGGCGUACAGUUUGCUUACGAACAGGGUUACCGCAAUGGUCGUCCAAAGUCGCCCAAGAAGUACAAGCCGAACAAGAACCCUCGCAAGUCUAUCUCUUCUCCAGCCGAUGGUGCACCUUAUGCCUCAAAGGCCGUCCCCAUCAAUACCCCCGGACCAGCAACUCCUCUUUCGGCCGCAGCGAAGCAGCGCAUGACAUCUGCAGAGCUAAUGCCGCCUCCGCCGCUCCCUACUAGACCACGUCAGGAGGAGACUCAUCAAGAAAACUACCAUCCCAGUUCUAGUCGCAUGAUGUCACCCCCGCAGAUGCUCGAGCCUGUUCCAAACCAGCCUUUCGCACACCAGUUCAGUUUGAUCGAACAGACCGCCAACAGCAACCGCGCCAACAGCAACGCUCCCCGUCACUUCGGCGUUAACCCACAACCCUGGGUUGGUUUCCCAUCUGGCCCUCGCAACGCGCACCCUCCCACGUACUACACAGUACCCCGCCAUGGUCACCGCAACAACCGUGGCAAUGGCCUGUACGGCGGUCGCGGCAACGCUGCCGGUGUCCCCAUCGAUGCUACCGCCCCGUUUCCCAACCCCACCGCACCACAGGGCCGCCCCGACCAACGCCAGACCUACGAGCCCGCAGCUGUCGCUUACUCAGACUAUACUAUUGGAAAGGAGUCUUGCGGUCUGGUCAACAUCACUGUUGCGACAGAGCGUGCUGGUGGCGAGCCAUGUAAUGCAUGUGCUCCCGACCAUUGA